UUGCGCGGGUGGAUUCCUUCUGACUUAGACUGUCGACGAAUGGCAGUGAGUCCAGUGAAGACGCCGCACUCGAUGCUGUCGCCUCGACUGAAACGUCCUUCUCGUCAUUCGGACGCUUCUCGCGACGGAAUUCGCUUCGUCAACGACGACGAUGCCGAGAAGCGUCAGCGGAAGCUGGAGAAGGCGCUACAGCUGACGACGCCGCGACACCAUGAGAGAAGAAAGUCUGGAGGACUGACGAGCGGUCUGACUCAGAAGGAAAUGUCCGAUCACUACAGCAAUUGCAUCAAACUGUCGUCUGAGAAUAAAAUUAAUGCCAAGAAUGCAUUCGGACUUCAUCUCAUCGACGUCAUGCAGAAGAUGCUGAAGGACAAGAGUUCGGUCAUCGACAUGACAAACUUUCAGGUUGCAAGCUGUACACUCGAUGCCAGUGCAAAGAUCUAUGCCGGACGAGUCGACUCUGUUCACGCGGAAGCAUUUAAGAUCCUGGGAGGCCUAGGAUCUGGACGACAGAGAGAGGACGGUGAAGAGCAGGACGGGCAAGCGAAACAGCCGGCUGCUAAACCAACGAGAAAAGUUAUGCCGUCUUCGACUGUGGAGCAGAAUGUGAAGAAUCUUAAUACGAACAACUUUGAAUUGGAGUUUGAGGUUGAUCCUCUCUUCAGGAAGGCAGCGGCUGAGUUGGAUGAAGGAGGCACGGAGUCGAUGCUGAUGCACACGUUACCAAUCAGGGAUGUGACGUGUGAGCUACUUCUUGAUUCUAAUAUUAGAUUGGACGAUCUGCAGUUGGACUGUAAUGAGUUGACGUCGUCUGUGUCUGCUGAUGCUCUUGAAAUUGCUGAAUGGAGCUCGAGGAUCGACUGGCAUUCACUUCACAUCUGCCCAUCCAUAUCCAACUUCGAGUUUGUGCAAACAUCAUCCACGCAGAACAACAACCCUGUCAUACCAAUGGCUAUCGAUCCAGACAGAACGGUUAUGGCUCCACCGGCUGUGUCAGACUAUAGCUACUUGGUUCCAAACAAUGUCGACGAGUUUGCUCAUGAUGAUGUUGAUUGUUACGGACCCGACGACGAUUUUGGAGCAAGUCAAGAGGAAGUUGGAGAUAAUGUUCAUGCUCAUGAACAUACAGUUAUGGGAAGGGUAGGAGACACAGAUGUGGCAAAGAGGGCGAGUCUCAACGGCUCGAAUGAACUCGUUUUAGCUUCGGCUCCAAGUCGCGUCGGUGCUCUCCUUCUCACGGAUGCUCUUCAACCAACGGAAUACUCGUACUUCAAUAUGGACAAGGUAUCCAUGUGGGCCGGACCAACUCACUGGAAAAUCAAGCCUCCAACAAAACAAAUUGAUGAGAACAAGAAGAGCAUGACUGAGAAGAAGAAGGGAAGACAAAGAAAGAAAGUGUUUAGCGUAGAUUUUACCACCGAUGUUGACUUCACGAAGGCAUUCAGGAAGACAAAGGCUUCUACGACGUUGUCGAAAGCUCAGCUGGCUAAACAGGAGGGCGAGUCGAAUCUCCUGCCCGACGACUGUCACUACGAGAUCGACAACUUGUUCAAGACGUUUCUCAGAGUCAACGUCGUUGUGAGAAGACAGUCGACACAGACACACAAGUUACGUGACGAACAAGUUUCGGACGACUGGUAUGACUAUAAUAAUCCAAAUGAUUCAGUCAACUAUUGCCCUGAUAUUGAGGUUGAUGGCUUCGAUAGAGACGAUUCAGACAACGGCUUCAGCCAAGACCACACAGUCAUUGCCGCAGGCGGCAAUCUCUCGUCUAACAUCCACAGUCACAGUCAUCUGAGCAACGAUCAAAGCAGUAACCCUUCACUGACCACUGCCAUAGGAGAACAAACGUGCUGGUUACAAGAAAACAUGGUUGCGAUGCCUCAAAAGGUUCAGAAGAUAAACAUCAACUUCUCCAACAAGACAAGAAAGAUGGACAUCAAACGACUGAAAAGCAGCAUGUGGAGUCUCAUCGAAGGCGACACAAUGACACAAGAGAAGGAGAACCAACCGGCAAACAGAGACGACAGAGGCAACGACGUUUCUGAACCGAAACGUCAUUGCACGUCGUUGAGCGAAAUAUACAAACAACUUCCGGGUCAAAUAUCAACAUCAAUGGCCGAUAAUCUCACCGUCCACAUCUCGCUUAUUUGCCUCCUGCACUUAGCGAACGAGCAGGGGUUACACUUGAAGGGCAGUGAGAAGAUGAACGAUGUGACAGUCGUACAGACGAUGACAGCCGAGGAGUGACUUGACUGGAGUCUCUCCGAGGGAACAAACCCAAACGAUUGCGUUUCAGUUCUAGUUUUAUUUUAGCUCUGUACGACACGUUUUUCUAUUAUUUAGUCGGCAUCAGUGGUUUUAGUUCGAUCAUCGUUCGUGCAGCUUUUAGAUGAGUGUUGAUGGGAUGCAGUGGGAAGACGGUUCGUCGUGUGUCGGAUGAAAUGAGAUGUUGUAUGGGAAUGCCUGCGA